UCCCGCCAUCCCAAGCUUCUCUCGCACUCUCUCUCUCUCUCUCUCUCUCUCUCCCUUAACUUUCGUAUAAAAGCCCAAAGAGAAAUCCAGAAUGAACAGAGUUCGAAGAGGUAACAGAAAAACAGAAAUGGAAGCUUCACAGAGAAAGCUGAAGCCUCUCUCCGAUUGCAGCAACACCGUUACCGUCACCGUCACCGUCACCGAUAGCACCGCUGCCGCCGCCGCCUCCACGCAGUCGUCCACGGCCUCCUCCGGUACGAUCAAACGCCAGAACCCGACUCUUUCCUCCGUCCCCAAGACACUGCACGCCUCCUUGACUGCCAAAACCGAGGCCGUUUCGGACCCUAGGAGAUCCGCUCCUUCUACUCCUCUGGUUUCCUCCUCCGUUUCAGGUACCAGCGAUUAUGAGGUUUCAGAGCCUUCUUCAGUGUACAGUCAAAGACAAACGGCAUUAAAAAGGAAGACUACAGGGAAGGAAAAUGAUGUACAAUUUAGUUGCCCUCGUACACCAAAGACCCGGAAUGUUGGCAGGAAAAAAACUAAACAAGAUGGACAUAGCAUCCAAUCUGAGAUGGACAGAACACCAAUUGCUUCCACUCCUACACCUCGCAUUUCAUCAUCAAGUUCUGAUACCAGUAAUCGUGAGGUAUACGAACCUCAUUCAGUCUAUACUCGAAGACAGACUGCAUCAAAAAGAAAUAGCAAAGGGCAGGAAAACAUUGGAGCUUCUAGUUGCCCUCCUGCACUGAAGAUCCGGAAUACUUGCAGGGAUAACUCAAAUGAAGAUGGAUACAACAGUCUAUCAAAGAAAUCCAAGGCUUCUUGCAGAAAGAAGGUUGUACCAACUAAAAAAGAAGCUUCUGAGUACACUUCGCCAGACCUUGAAAAGCAGAGAGCUUACUUUGCAGAGCUUGAUAAAUAUGAACUGCCAGUAGAGGAGGCUGAAGAAUGGGAGUUGGAUUGAAUGGAAGAGCGCUACUGCUUCUUAUGGAUGAGCAAAGCAGUCCAAUCU